CAAAUUCACCUGCGAUCAAUAAUUGCGCUGAAUUCGCCUGCGAGUGUAUAGAAUGCAGCCUGACAUGUGGAUCAUGACACGCUCUUGCAAAGGCAAGCAGUGCCUGGGAUUAGCCAAACGAACAGCUGAGUUGUGAAGUGAACGUGACAGCUCACCCGCGUCCAAAGACAGUGAUUUGUUUCUGAACCGACUCGAGUCCCGAAAGAAAAAAUGAGACCCGAUCGCAACAGGUCGCUCUUGAAUGCCAGCUCGAUUCCGCCCUCUGACGAGCACGACGCUGCAGUUUCAGAAAGAGAAGUUAAUGGUGCCGUUUGACACAAAUUUAUGUGCUGGAGUGGAACUGUGGAAUGUGAUACGGUUUCCAAUACACAACGUAAUAUUGCUCAAAGUCACGAAAGUCUGUGACUUACCACUAUUAAGAAGUUGAGCUCUUUAAAAAUGUUGUAGCAAGAGUAUCGCCUAUGUACUAUUUUAAUGACAAAAAUGUCAUAUAACUGACGAUGAAUGCGAUUAAAUGCGUUUUUGUUGGAGUCAUGAACGCCCAAGAAUAAAAUACUACAUUCAAUUUCAGAUAUUUCUCAUUAGAGAUUUAUAAAAUUGUCGUUUAAAAUGAUGGUGUUUCACUGCAGCGCGACCUGACUUGACGAGUGCGGGUUCUCCGCGCGUUUCAAAUACGUCACUUUCGCGCCAUAGCGGUGAUAAUGGCGGCUUACAUCCUCGCAGGUGUUGUGCUGGUUGCAUUUAUCACAGGCGAAAUUCUCUCCAUAGAAAACAAGAAAGCAGUUUUUACUUUUCCAGAAUUCCCUUACAAGGAAACUAUUAAAAAUGAAAUGGCAUUUCGCGAAUAUGAAUCUGCUUGUGAACAAAGUCCAUCUUGUGUGCAUACAACUGGAAUAUCUAGAAUCCGUUGCUUAAGAGAAUGUGUUUCUCCUUCAUGUUACCAGGAUAUAUACCAAACUGACCAGCUAGAAGAAGGAGAAAUAGAUGUACGUCUCAAUUCAUUCAAAGGCUGUUUCAUCCAAAGAGCUAGCCGUCCUAGGCCAUAAAUCAUCUUCCAAUCUGAGAUAAAAAGUCUGAAAAGCUUUAUAAGAUCAAUGUUUUAAAAUUAGUUUAGAUAAUGAAAAUAUUUUAGCUUUUUCUUAUCAGGAAAAAAAUUAGAGCAUAUCAUACUUUGCAUUUCUACUACAGGAAUAGAAGAGAUGUUUUAAAAGAAAUAUAAUCAUAUCUCCUAAUUUUACAACCUAAAUAGUUUGAGCAAUUUGCAUCAGAAACAUGGCAGUUGAAAAUAAUUUGGUAAUUGGUGCUUUCUGGAGAUGGUUCAUACUACUAUGUUACUUUGAAAAAUGUUCAUGAAUGAUCUACAAACAAUAAGAAUAGUAAGUCAGUUGACAAACUCAGGAAUGAUCUUUAAUUGCAGUUGGACAUUCAUAAGAAUAAUCUGCCGUCUCUAUCUAUCUGAUUGUUGGUUCUGUCCUUCGCAUCUACAAAGAACUGCUUGUGAAAUUUAAUAUUGAGUGUUUUCAACAAAUAUCUAGAGCUUAUGAACUCUGAAACCAUUUUAAUUGGUGGAAUUUUAGAAACUAAAUACUCAUUUGACGCACUGCAUUGCCAAUUUUAAAAAUUAAGCUUUUAGUAAAUUUAUCUUUCCAAGGGAAAUGUUAGAAAACAAAGGCUGUGAAAUAGUUCUUUUGAUGUGAACUUGUUGGCAUCAUUUGAAUAUUUUAUUAAUCUGUAGAUAUACAUAAAUUGUAUCCAUUUAGCAUCUUCAUAAUACCUUAUUUUACAAACAGGGUGUAAUUAAAGUUUUAUGAAAUUUUAAUUGAAUUUUACGUUAUUUAUUUACAUAUAAUACAAGACAACUUUUAAUAGUGUUUGUUGGUUUUGUACUGCUCUAUUUUGGUUUUAACACUUUUAAAUGUUUAACUAUUAAGUAUACAAAAAACAAUCAAAUGUAAGACUACUGUAUGUUUCUAUUAUUAUGAAAUAAAGAUAAUGCAAACUAAACAUUGAUAUUUUCACGUUCCCCUUUUGUAGUAUCAAAAUUUGUCUUUGUUGAAGCAUUUCUCAU